AUGAAUCCCAAAUGGAUGAGCCAUCAUCUGAGCUGUCUUGAGGAAGACCUGGGCACUGAAGAAACUGAGCGCUCCAAAACCGAGUCCUCCAAAAUGGAGUCCUCUGAAACACAGUCCUCUGAAAUGGAGUCCUCAGAAGCCAUGCUCCCAGAAAUCGAGUUCCCCAAAAUCAAGCCCUCCAAACCCGAGCCCUCUGAAGCACAGCCAAAGAAAGCAAAGCAGAAGACAACAAAGGGCCGCUGUGACUGCAGCCACUGCUGCAGCUCCAACAACGUUGAGAGCUUCACCAGCUAUUUCCCCAGGAUUGUGAAGUAA